GCACCAGGGCCACUUCCUGUCUGAGUCCCUCUGCAAAUCUGAGUGUGUCUCUGCAAGAACCACAGGGAGGAUCAGCUGGCAACUAGAGAGCUUUAAACAAUUGCAAGAAAACGGGCAAAGUGCGCGCAAUGCAAUCACCUCCAGAUCUUGAGGGGCUUUAGGAAUCACAGGGAGAGCCGCCAGAGAUGCUGCCAGUGUAGACGGACCAGCUCUGGGCAUUCCGACAUGAACAGACCAGAGGAGGCGCUGGAGACGGACGAGGAACCGGGGAGUGAGGACGUGAACGAGGCAGUGGAGGCUGAUCUCCAGCACUCGGAGGAGGAGGAGGAGGCUGGUCGCCGCAGCAACAGCAAGCGAGGAGGACGGGCACGGCUGGCGGAUGAGGAGGGCACCUUGGCCAGGUCCGCCAGCACCGAAAGCGGCUUCCACAACCACACGGACAGAGCCGAGGGCGACGUCAUCUGCACGCACGGCGACCCCUACGGGUCCCGGGAGAGGCUGCAGGACAACGGAGAGGAGGACGAGCGUUCCUACGCCGUGCACUGCCGGCCGGAGGCAGAGGAGUACACGGAGAACGCCGAGUCGGAGCACGUGGAAGCUGCUGACAGCCGGACUCUCCCGAGCGUCCUGCACUUUGACAUGGUGGACCGCGAAGGGCUUCUGGGCUCGGCCUACUCGGGGUACGUUUACAGCCACCACCCAUUCCACCGCGGCGAGGACCAACAGUACGCCGAGCCUUACGACGACUAUGCGGCACAGGAGCACGUUUACGAGGAAAUCGGCGAGGCACCCGAACUGGACGGUGGGGAAACCCUCCGGCUGUACGAGCGAGAGAGGGAGGAGGCUGAGCACUACCGCAAGGAAGCCCUGGGGGCCAGGCUGCACCAUUACGACGAACGGUCGGACAACGAGUCGGACAGCCCUGAGAAGGAGGCCGAGUUUGCUCCCUACCCUCGAAUGGAUAGCUACGAGCAAGAGGAGGACAUUGACCAGAUCGUGGCGGAAGUGAAGCAGAGCAUGAGUUCCCAAAGCCUCGACCGGGGCUGUGAGGAAAUGCCAGAAGCUGAACAGAACUCAGGCAGCGGGCAGGAGGCCGAUGAUGUCAUGUCUGCGCUGAACUCCCGGUCUGUGUCUUCCACAGGCCUGGGAGAGUCUCUGAGGCAUACCAGAGAACAAAGGGAUGCCAUUUCUUUAGCUAUUAAGGACAUCAAGGAAGCAAUUGAAGAAGUAAAAACCCGAACCGUCCGAUCACCUUACACUCCAGAUGAGCCAGCAGAGCCCAUCUGGGUUAUGCGACAAGAUAUUAGCCCGACAGCAGAAUGUGAGAACCAACUGGUGAUGGAAGGAGACCAGUCAGCGUCACCCGGUUCCUCUUCCCCCCGCGGUGCAGAAUCGUCAAUGAUGCAGCAUCGAUCCGAUAUACAUGAUGCAGCAGAAACAUCAGCGAACCGAGAGACUCAGUCAAGAAAGUGUUUGGCUUCCUUUCCAACUUAUGUUGAAGUACCUGGACCAUGUGACCCAGAAGAUCUGAUUGACGGCAUCAUCUUUGCAGCCAACUACCUGGGCUCCACCCAGCUGCUCUCUGACAAAACCCCGUCCAAGAACGUGCGGAUGAUGCAAGCCCAGGAAGCAGUCAGCAGAAUCAAGAUGGCCCAGAAAUUGACCAAAAACAGGAAGAAGGCAGCUGAAGGAGAGGCUCAGCCCAUGACUGAAGUUGAUCUCUUCAUCUCGACCCAGAGGAUUAAGGUGCUGAACGCUGAUUCGCAGGAAACUAUGAUGGACCAUCCCUUACGGACUAUUUCGUACAUCGCCGACAUCGGGAAUAUUGUUGUGCUGAUGGCACGUCGACGCAUGCCUCGGUCCAAUUCCCAGGACAGCGUGGAAGCGUCUCACCCCUCCCAUGAUGGGAAGAGGCAGUACAAGAUGAUCUGCCACGUCUUUGAGUCUGAGGAUGCCCAGUUAAUAGCUCAGUCCAUAGGCCAGGCCUUUAGUGUUGCUUAUCAGGAGUUCUUGCGAGCGAACGGCAUUAAUCCAGAAGAUUUGAGCCAAAAAGAAUACAGUGAUCUUCUCAACACUCAGGACAUGUACAAUGAUGACCUGAUUCAUUUUUCCAAGUCGGAAAACUGCAAGGAAGUUCACGUUGAUAAGCAGAAAGGUGAAAUAUUGGGUCUGGUCAUUGUUGAGUCUGGCUGGGGCUCCAUACUGCCCACUGUAAUUAUCGCAAACAUGAUGCACGCAGGCCCAGCAGAGAAGUCUGGGAAGUUGAACAUCGGGGACCAAAUCAUGUCUAUCAAUGGCACCAGCCUGGUGGGACUCCCAUUGUCCACCUGUCAGAGCAUCAUAAAGGGUUUAAAGAACCAAGCUCGAGUGAAACUGAACAUUGUGCGGUGCCCACCUGUCACUACAGUCCUUAUUCGAAGACCAGACCUUCGCUAUCAGCUGGGUUUCAGUGUCCAGAAUGGCAUUAUAUGCAGCCUUAUGCGAGGAGGAAUUGCAGAGCGCGGUGGCGUGAGAGUUGGUCAUCGGAUCAUCGAAAUCAAUGGGCAAAGUGUUGUUGCGACGCCUCACGAAAAAAUAGUCCAUAUUUUGUCCAACGCAGUUGGUGAGAUCCACAUGAAAACAAUGCCUGCUGCUAUGUACAGACUGCUGACUGCGCAAGAACAACCAGUUUACAUCUGAAAGGGCUGUCACGAUGACCCAGUGUGCAAAGUGGAUAUGUCUGUGUGGUUUGAUUGUGUUAAUCAUUGCUGCCUUCCUGCAGCAGCAGAAACUACAAUAUUUUUUAUUUAAACAUGCUUGGUUUGACAAAAAAUCUGUUGAAAAAACUUUGAUGCCUUUCAGAGAUGCAGCUUUGUUGGUUUAUAUAGAAUUGAACAUAAAUAUAUUCCCACAGACUUAAUUCUCAGUAAUCCACAAAUAGGCAAAAUAACGGAGCACCUAUAUAGUUUGAUGUUAUUUAAGAGUGAACCUUUCACAGUAACCAUUUCAGCCCCAUUGAUGACGUCAUUAGGAAAUGUUAUUUAACCUAAAAGAACUGACUAUGAGCAUUUAGAAAAUUGUGAAACUUGUAUUACGGAGUGUGUUCUACUAAGAAUGACUCAGAAACAUCCAAAUUUUCAUUGCUGGCAUUUAAAAAAAAAAAUUCCCAAUGUUUUUCCUGAUUUAUUUACCAUUCCUUCCCUGAGACAUUCCCCAGACAUUGAUGUGUUGUUUAAAGUAGUUGUUAUUUUGAAAAUAUUAAUUGGUUUUGUUUUCUUCUAUUUCAAUAUUUUAAAGCCAUUUACUGAUACACUGUGUGAAGCUAAGAUCAUUCCAUUGACUCCACUUUAUAAAACAAAAGGCUGUGGGACAUAAUUAUCUUUGCUAAUUUUAACAAAUCUGUAGCCAAGAUUAUAAAAUGGGGAACACUAUUUUAUACUCAGGUCUAUUUUUUUUUCUGUAAGCAUAAAAAUCAGCAAAGAGAGGCAAAUACCCCCCUCCCUAAAUAUGUUUACAUUAUUCCUUUAUCUGUAAUUUAAAACUACAUUGGCACGUUCUAGUUAAACUAUGUUUUGUUUUGCAAUGUUAUGGUGCGGGAGGUAAGAAUGGUUUUGAAGAGGAUUUUUGGGUGACUUAGAAAUAUGAUAUUGCGAGUAAUAUUUUCACGUCAGGCACCCUGCCUUCAUAUUCUACAACCUGAAAUCUCAUUACUUAACUCCCUACAUGGCUACUGUGGACAUCUAAUUCCGUGUAAGAGAAUUUUACAUGCACACUCCUGCCCUUCACGUGGAGAAAAGGCUAGGAUGCAGCCAUUAUUUCAUCCUGAGUGUGAUGUUGUUUCACUCAGAAAGCAUUGGUUUCGCACAGGAAGUUCCGCACUCCACUUAAAUUCAUUACUUAGACAUAUUGAACCACCUGUACAGUGCUGUGGGAUUAAUAGCUGUCAGCUUUACAGUGCCAUGAUUUAUUUGGUAGCCUGCACUUUAAGGUCUAACAUUUCUACUUGAUGAGGACAAGUUUAGGUAGCCAUGUAAAUAGCUCUUUAGAAGAAGUGAUUUCGAAGUGUACAAGGUGUCUUUUCAUAGCAAGAGUUCACACACCACACUGAAGCAGAAAAUACGAAUCUUAACGUCUGCAGCAAUUCAAUGUGAGCAUAAGGUUAGCCUAAACUGGGCAGUAAUUAUUAGGUAAUUAAAACCACUGGGUUUAUUUCCAUUUGAUUAAGGUGAAGAUGAGAUCUAAUUAAGACUUGUUAUGUAUCCUAUCAGCACUAGUUUCACAGUCGCUAACAUCAUGGUAAUGGAACAUCCGUUUCAUUCCUCAUCUGUGGAACUGAGUUAGAGCUGAAUAGUUUAUGAAUGGAAUUGUCAAGGUUCACCCCCUACUCCAGAUCAACAUCACCCUGUUUACAUGCAAAUCAAAAAUAUUAACCUCACUUAGAAACCUGUCAGACUUUGUAGCAUCAUUACUUGAAGUAAUUAUAAUGGCAUGGCACAAACUAAUGGGUUUCAGUCAUCCAGUGACUUGGGUGUUGAUAGUUUGUAAUCAGAUAUCUGCAGCUGCUGACGUGAACUUAAUGUAAAUAUCUUAUGCAAUCCUAGAACAUAACAUUUUUUUUUGUCCAGUGGUGCAAUAGCAAAUAACAUUAAACAUCAGGAAGUUAUAAUGCUGCAGUGUAAUAAAGCUGUUCCUUGUAAAGUUAUGUAACAGUUAUACAUUUCAACUAAUGUAUUAAUUACGAUUGUUGGAAUAAUGCACUUCUUAUGAAUGUAGUUCCUAUUCCAGUGUUUGUUUUGUCAUAAGUUCAGAUUUUUUUUGGUGUUUAUGAUGCAGCCACAAUAUUUGUUUAUUUAUUUUACUAUUAAGGAUAUAUUUUGGGGUUGGGGGGAGGGAGCAAGGGGGACAAGAGUCGUGUGUCUAAUGAUUUACAUUCCUUUUCCCAUUUUUCCAUGUUUAAAACAAACGAAAUUCCAUAAACUUGUUGCAACGGGCUAAAUAUUGGUUAUUCUCUUUUUAAAAGAAGUAAAUGCUUUGUAAGGUCGAUCAGAUAAUAUAUAAAUACAAUCUAUAUGUAUGUAUACAUAUAUAUAUCCUAACUGGAUUAUGGGGAGAGGGGGGAGACUUUCUUCACAAUGGGGUCGUUAUUAACUCUUGAGUGGUGUGACCAAUUGGGUCUAGUGAUUAAAGGGGUUGAAGCUGUCUUGAAGUCUCAGCGUCCUUUAUUAAGGAAUGUGGGAUGCCAAGGCAUUACCGUAAAACAGCCCAUUAGAUGGAGUAGGUGCAAGAGGAACGGAGUCAGAAUGUAGCUCUGGAAAAGCACUGCGGGUUAGGCAGCAUCCGAGGAGCAGGAGAGUCAC